UGGAGCUACAAAAAUGCAAGAAAAGCUAGAAAAGGCAGUAGAGGAGUUCAAAGAGUAUUCUGAACGAUCUGCGUCGUUGUUCAAAGAGACUGUUCAAUGUUUGGAGGAUAUGAAAGCCCACACCAAGCUUAACACAGAAGCAAUCAACGCCAUGUCUUCAUCCUUGAACAUGGACGAAAUCGAACAAGUAUUAAAGAAAAGACCGUCGGUAGUUUUUAUUGGUAAUCGAAAUUGUGGAAAAAGCGCGGUUCUAAACGAACUCCUCGGCGGAUCCUACCUACCAGUCCACGAGACACCAUGUACUUCCCGAAUAGUCAAGAUCAGUCACUCGAUGGGUGAAAAUACAAUCAGGGUCGUUGACAAAGCAGGAGAAGAAGUUCAACCUAUGGUUACGUUCACAAGGAGAGUUCCUAAGGAACAUGUAGUGGUUUGUGAUGAUAGCAGAGAGCAAUCAGAGCAGCUGAAGUGUAUCGUUGAAAUUUCCUUGAAUCAUCCCCUUUUGAAAAGCGGCAUUGAAUUAAUCGACUCCCCGGGAAGGAAUGAGAAUGAUGCUCUAGACGAUGUGGUGAACAAAUUCUUUGAAAAAGGCACUACACCUCUCGUCGUGUAUGUCAUCGAUGGGAACGAGCAACUGAGGCAAUCGGAUCUCGACACGAUUCGUUUCCUUCAAGACAAACACCCAGAAUUGUCAUUCAUGUUCGUGUGUAACAAGGUAGACACAUCGGCUGGCGCCCAGACAUUCGACGCUCGAAGCUCCGACGAACUUGGUUCCGAUGAAGAGGAAACAGAGAGGGAAGUUGACAAGCAGAAAAUUGUCUUUGCCCAACUACAACACCACAGACUGAUAGCGGUCAGUGAAUCCUAUGACAGUUGUUCUUCGUUUUAUGGAAUAUCUGCGCAAAACGUCCGUGACGACCGAAGGAAGAAAACCUUUAGCUCAGCGUCCGUGAUAUUUAGCAAAUUUGAAGAUGGCUUGUUGGGUGUUCUUGAAGAAACCAUCAAAAGGCAGGCUAAGCAAGUGGUGAACAAGCUCAUUUUCCUGCAGAUGAGUCUCGUUCAUUCCAUGGACAGAACAAAGCAGAACCUCCCCAGUAUCUUUGGAAGUCAAUUGGAAUUUGACACUACUAAAGCGUUGAGAGAUCUUUAUAUACCACAUUAACCUCAAACAUCGCAAGCGAAGA